AUGCCACCAAAACGAAGGAAUGGUGAAGAUGCAGAUGCGAUAACAGGACGCGAAAAAAAGAAGCUCAAAAUAAACGCAGCGCGUACGAUUGCUGUCCAGCCGAGUUCUCAACGUGAAAGUAGUGCUGCCAUAGGCCCUUCAAACUCAGCUACGAAUCAUUCAAAUAGCUUAACGGGGCUGCCAACUGCCCUCGAUGUUGAAAAAUUUGUUGAGGCGAGGGCAUUUGAGAUUGAUGCCAUGCAUACUGCAAUGAAGACUGCAAGUGCCAGUUCGACCCAUCGAGUAUGGCAAACCCUUCCUCGUCAUCUACGUAGGAGGGCUGCAAGCCAUGAUGUUAGACGUGUUCCACUCAAGCUUAGAGAUAGAGCUCGUGCAGAGAUGGACCCUGUUCGCAAGAAAGCUUUAGGACGAUCUCUGCCUAAACUUGGGAAAGGCAAAGGAAUGUCAAGAACCGAGGCAUUUCUUAGGCGCCAACGCGAUAAAGCAUGGCUUGAAACUCACAUUUGGCAUGCGAAACGCAUGCACAUGGAAAAUAUGUGGGGAUAUCGUCUCGCCGUCACACCCACUGAAAAAUCGUAUAGACCCUCCCAUCGAGCAUCAGUCCAUGGAUCCAUCCUCCAUGAUGCAUCAUAUUACUCAACAUACGAAAUCAAAGGACCUGAGGAAGCCCUGAUUGCAUUGCUGGACCUUUGCUGUGAUCCUCAAGGCCCCGGUCCAAGCUCAAAAAGAUAUCUCAAUGGUUCUCGUAUUUUGGAGACUUCCAUGUAUGCCGUUGGGCUAUACCCAUAUGGCUUGAUCGCUCCUGUUACAAUUAUUUGGAGACCUUAUCUGCAGGCAUCGUCAGCGAUAAAUACAACGGGCUCUUCAGGUAAUGAAGGGGUUAAGGACGUCAGGGCGGCUGAUAUCCGUUCUGUUUGGCUACGUUUCCAUCCAUCGGUGCAAACUGCUGUAUUCAACACCCUGAAAGAUGCCACUUCGCGUAGUUUAACCUUGUACAAAGCUCGACAUUCGGAAGAAGCCUUGGUUGAAGUCAUUGACAUUAAACGACAGUUGAAUAUUUUCGAAAUUAUGGGCCCCAAAUCUAGUCAAGUUAUUAAAGGAGCCUUAACUCCCAUUGUAUCAGAAAAAUCUCGGGAGUUUCUACAAUUCUGGAAAUCGUUGGCAGAGCUGCAAAGUUCUGGCUCAGUUCCACGUGGUAUGAUCGUUGGGUUCAAAGUCAACGACCCUAGACUCAAUUUCCCUCCAAAAAAUGCGAAGCCUGCAACCAUACCAUCUAAGGGGGUCCCAUCCAUUGAAAUCACAUUUCCGUCGGCCAAUUUAGCCAAUAGCGAAAUUUGGGAAGAGUCUAUGCGGAAUAGUUUGUCUAAACCACGCUACAAGAAAAAAGAUAUCGACACAAGGCGGGCAAAUAGUGAUAUUCCUGGAUCGGCCCUCAAAGCCCUCCGGCAGGACGACUGCAUCCCUAUCCUCCUCAUCCAACGUUCAGUGGAGACUCCCAAUUCCUCUGGUAGCAAAGGAUUACAUGGAUGGACCCUUAUUCUGCCCGCCGGAUGGUCAAUGGCAUUUUUUAGCUCACUGAUCUACACAAGUACACGUGUGGCUGGACAACAGGAGCGCCAAACUCAGGCAUACGAAGCCGGAACCACAUAUUUCCCUCGAGAUUAUCCCACCACCGAACCGUAUCAAGCGUACGCCCAGGAUCGAGAAUUUAAGGAAAAAGAAACAUGGGAUCGAAAACCUCCCGCCAAACGCGUCAAUUUUGAGAAGCUUGGUACAGAAAACCCUUGGAUGAGUGAUUGGGCGAAGGUUCUUGGGAUACCAGGACGAGAUGAUAAAGAUGAAGAUUUUGUUGCAACUCAAAGGGAGCCUGAACCCUCUCAAGAUAAUGAAGCUCAUAUAGCCAUCAAGCCUUGGUUAUUGCGUGGUUCAGAAGUACCCAGUAUUCUGUCAAAGUUGUCCUCCGUGUUCAACGUCGGUGCUGCUCUUCUAUCUGAAAUUAACCGCUUGCGACUUAAACGGAGCCAUCAAGUUUUGGCGGAAGACAUUACCGGCGCACAACUACUGCAUGGUGCUCUCGUGAAUGUCGAGAUUACAAUGUGCUCUCGAGGAUCUCCGCAAGAUUUAGCUGAGAUCUUCAUAAUUCCAGAUGGCCUUUCGAUACAAUGGGAACGUUUUCUGCAGACUCGAAACCGAAAGAGUGUGGAUGAUGAGGAGCAUCCGGAUGAACUGGAGCUGGCAAGCCACAUUCCGCCAAAAAGCUCGAUUGUGGGGCAUGUUACCACAGGUCAUUAUUCCCUCGCAAGAGGUGAAGGGUUUGCUAUCGGCGCUAUUGCUCUUGCACGUUUGAUGGAGUUGGAACAGCAAGCCAGGCGGUAA